ACUGGGAAUCUGCAAUUAGAGUUGGUGUGCUGGAUUGUGGGGAAGAAGAGAACUAUGAGACGUGCAAAGAAUAUGGUAUUCACUAUUACCCAACUUUUAGGUACUUCAAAGCAUUUACAAAGCAGUUUACUCCUGGAGAAAAUUACAAAGGAGCAGAUCGAGAGCUGCAAACGGUGCGUCAGAUGAUGAUUGACUUCUUACAGAACCAUUCCCAAGAGCUGAGACCGCCAGCUUGCCCACCAUUGGAUCCAGUUUCGUCCAGUGAUAUUACUUCUCUCUUCAACAAGAACAGCCAUCACUAUACGGCCGUUGUGUUUGAAAGUAAUAACUCCUAUGUGGGACGAGAGGUUAUCUUAGACUUGAUCCAGUAUGCAAACAUCGUUGUAAAGAGAGCGUUGAAUUUUGAUGAGCCUUUUCUCAAGAAACUUGGUAUUACCUCAGUCCCUUCAUGCUAUCUGAUGCAUCCAAAUGGCUCCCAUGGGUUAAUUAACAUUUUGAAGCCUCUACGGUCUUUCAUUUCUUCAUAUUUAAAGUCACUGCCAGGUGUAAGAAAAAAACUUCUUCUGCCACUCCAGCUGCCUGUUCAAGAAAAGAAAGAGGAGGGUACAGAAAUCAAGGUGUGGAAAGAGUUCGAUAAAUCUAAGCUGUACAUGGCUGACCUUGAAUCGGGAUUGCAUUACCUGCUCAGGGUAGAGCUGGCUACGCACAAGACACUUGAGGGAGCUGAGCUAAAGACCUUCAAGGAUUUUGUUACCAUCUCUGCCAAGCUUUUUCCUGGCCGUCAGCCUGUGGUAAAGUUGUUAGAGACCUUGCAGGAGUGGCUGGUGAGCCUUCCAUUAGACAAAAUCCCUUAUGAUGCUAUCCUAGAUCUUGUCAACAACAAAAUGCGGAUUUCUGGGAUAUUUCUCACUAAGAAAAUUCAAUGGGUCGGAUGUCAGGGCAGCAGACCAGAGCUGAGAGGUUAUACCUGUUCCCUUUGGAAGCUGUUUCAUAUCCUAACGGUACAAGCUGCACUGCGACCAAAAGCUUUGAUAAAUACAGGUCUUGAAGACAAUCCCCAAGUAGUACUUCAGGUCAUGCGGAGAUACAUUCAUCACUUUUUUGGAUGCAAGGCUUGUGCACAGCAUUUUGAAGAAAUGGCUAAAGAGUCCAUGGAUUCCGUUAAAACGUUGGACAAGGCUGUUCUUUGGCUCUGGGAGAAACACAACGUCGUGAAUAACAGGCUGGCAGGUGAUUUGACUGAAGAUCCAAGAUUUCCCAAAGUUCAGUGGCCAACUCCAGACGUUUGUCCUGCGUGUCAUGAGGAAAUUAAAGGAUUACACAGCUGGAAUGAAGCCCAAGUUCUCCAGUUCAUGAAGUCUCACUAUAGCAGUGAAAAUAUUCUGUAUAAAUACAUGGAAAACCAGGCUGACUCCAGUGAAACUGAGCAGGGAAAUGCAGGGGAGGUGAAAGACAAGAGCCUGCCGAAGAAACCAAGCGGAAACAGAGAAAAUAAGAUCCAGGAUAAAGCAAACAUGCUAGAUUCAGAAUCGAAGGUGUUAGAUAAGCUAAUAGCAAAUCACGGACCGGUCAAAGAGAGCGGUAAAGGCGCAGUUGGAUCCGCCAACCUUAAAGAGACGAAGCAGGCCGUGUCUUUCUUGGGGAUUGGAUUUUCCAACAUAGACAUGAGUCUGUGUGUCAUCCUGUAUGUAGCAUCGUCCUUAUUUUUAAUGAUAAUGUACUUUUUUUUCCGAAUGAGGUCUAAACGGUGGAAAGUGAAGUAUUACCGUUCAUCUGUAUAG